UACCCCCUGAUUAAUUAUGUGUGAUGCGUGGGUUAAAUGCCGAGUCAGGGAAACUGGGCGUCUAGAAUUGAGGAGGAGGGAUUAAUUAUAGACUUGAUGGGCCGAGCGUGCAUAGGGGCCCAAAAGUCCUCGAAGUUAUUAAGUGGAGACUGGGAGCUGGGGGUAUAGCCUAGAGACGAGUGAAAAAAACACCAUGAAAGGAGCUCCGUCUGCGUGCUCUGCGAAUUACGUGCCUUUGACGCCCAUCAUUUUCUUGGAACGAGCGGCCACUGUUUACGCUGAUCAAGUGUCCGUCGUCUACGGUGAUGUCAGAUUUUCAUGGAAGGAAACCCACGCAAGAUGCCUCAGGCUCGCUUCUGCUCUGGUCGACCUGGGGGUUAACCCCCUCGAUAUUGUUGCUGUUUUGGCGCCAAAUAUUCCAGAGCACUAUGAGCUGCAUUUUGCGGUUCCAAUGGCGGGGGCAGUUAUCUCUGCACUCAACACCAAAUUGGACGCGACAACAUUGUCCGUGAUACUGGAACAAUUAGAAGCUAAAAUCAUGUUGGUGGAUUAUCAGUUCGUUGAAGUUGUCCUUAAUUCGUUCAACCUAUUGUCCCAAAGAAAAUGCAAGCCUCCCCUGCUGGUUGUUAUGCCGGAUCAUAGCAAACAACCGUCUUUCAUUUUUAAGCAUCUCCCGCCAGAUACCUUGAACUUCGACCAACUGCUUGAAAAGGGGCGGGCAGAUUUCGAGAUCAGGAUGCCCAGCAAUGAAUGUAAUCCUAUAUCAGUGAAUUACACGUCAGGCUCCACGGGGACUCCUAAAGGAGCUGUUUACAGUCACAGAGGCGCCUAUCUCAAUUCACUGGCAGCAAUCUCGCGGUUCGAUAUGAAACCCCAGCCCGUGUUUCUGUGGACAGUGGACAUGUUUCGCUGCAACGGGUGGUGCUUCACUUGGGCCAUGGCUACUCUGGGUGGCACCAAUAUUUGUCUCAGAAAUGUCUCCGCCAAAGCCAUCUUUGAUGCAAUCUCUCUUCACAACGUAAACCAUUUGUGCGGUCCGCCCGCACUGCUGAACGCAAUAGCAGAUGCACCGUCAAGCGAGCAGAAGCCUCUGCCCCUGGGUGUGAGUAUCACAGUUGCUGGAGUGCUACCUCCAUCCCAAGUUUUUUGCGUGGUAGCAGAACUUGGGUUCAGUGUGAACGUUGGUUAUGGCAUGACGGAAGCAAUGGGUCCUGUAUUGGUGCGCCCUUGGAAGCCCAAUUCAGGUUGUGAACUCACAGAACAACUCAGUUAUGGAGAUCAAGGGCUUCCCAUCUUUAUGAUGGAAGGGAUUGAUGUCAAAGAUCCGAACACAAUGAAGAGCACUCCUUGUGAUGGGAAAACCAUUGGUGAGAUUAUGUUUAAAGGCAACACCAUGAUGCUGGGGUACCUCAAGAAUCCACAAGCAACCAAGGAAGCUUUUAGGGAGGGAUGGUACCGAACAGGGGACCUUGGAACGAAGCAAAGAGAUGGUUCCGUGAGACUGAAGGACAGGGCAAAGGAUAUGAUAUAUCCAAAAGGAGAGGCUGUGAGCUCACUUCAGGUAGAGGCAGUGUUGCUGAGCCACCCGAAGGUUCUGAACGCUGCUGUUGUGGGGAAAUAUGAUGAACACAUGGUAGAGUCCCCCUUUGCAGUUAUCAAAUUGAAAGAAGGAUGUGGCGCCACCGUGGAAGAUAUCAUCAGGUUUUGUAAAGCUAAGUUGGAUACUCAUAUGGUUCCUCAGAGUGUAGUUUUUGGAGAUUUGCCUGUUAAUUCAACUGGCAAGGUUCAAAAAUUUCUUAUCAGAGAGAAGAUCAAAUGCGGUGGAUGAUGUGCCUCCGUAAUCAAUUUAAGUAUGCAUGACAAUAAUAAGAGUGGCCUUAUAUGUCUUAUCUACUUUCCAAUCAUAAUUCUCGAACACGCUUACUGUUCUCUUUUAUGCUUUGUGGUGUAAUCUAUUAACUAUCAUACUUUUAGUUACUUGUCUAAAAUGUUUAUGACGCAUUACGUUUAACAGUGCAGUUUAACUAGGGAGUUUUCUUUUAAAAUAUAUGUAAUUUUGACGCCA